AUGUCUGCGACAACUACCGCAGAGCAAGCCAGCCUUCAUACCUUGAACUUCAUUUCUCUGCUCAACGGAGAUGUCACCGAACAGGCUAACCUGCUGUCUGCUUGUGAAGACCAUGGCUUCUUUUAUCUAGAUCUUCGCGAUUGGGAUUCUGGCAAGAUGCUGCAAACCCUAGAGGAUGCUUGGGUAGUAAUGAAGCAGUGGUUUGAUCAGCAGCUGGAAGAGAAGAUGAAGACCGAGACUAUAUCCGAUGCUCACGGGUUCAAACCGCCUGGAGUGCAGUCGGGAGUCAAUGACAACACCCGAGAUGGAUUCGAAGCUCUCAGAAUUAGCCGCGUUGGUCUUCUUAAUCGCUCCCAUCUCCCAGACGUAGUGCACGAGAACCUCCAACUCUUCGAGACUCUCCAGCUCUCAGCCCACUUCCUUCUAAAAACCCUUCUAUCCCGUCUUUCCGACGCCGCAGGCCUCAAGACCGAUGACCGCUUCGAGAGCUGUCAUCCCGACCAUCUCCCCUCCAAGAGCACAAUGUUCUUCAUCCACCAUCCCCUCAGCGACGCGCUGGACGACAAAACAGCCCGCGGCCACAAUGCACACACAGACGUUGGGUCGUUUACCCUUCUUUUUACAGAACAGCCUGGAUUACAGGUAAUUUCACCUACUACUAAUAAAUGGGAAUACGUGGCUGCGAAACCAGGUCAUGCGAUUAUCAACGUCGCUGAUACACUUCGUUUCAUUUCUAAGCGACGUUUUAGAUCGGCUAUGCAUAGAGUGUUGCCUCCGGGGGGUAAAAUGAUGGAAGAUAGAUACUCAGCUGCUUAUUUCUUGCGGGCUAGUGAUAGUGCUGUUUUUAAGGGGAUGGAUGGGGAGGAGGUUACGGCGGAGCAGUGGUUUCUUAGCAAGUAUAGUAGCUUUAAUAAGACCAUGGAGGAGCAGAGGGUUGAUUCAGUUGCUACGGGUGGUAUGGACAAAGAUCUCGGGUUGAAGGAUUGA